AGCCUCUUCUUCCUUUCUCCAAUUUUGCAAGGUAGAACGCAGUAGAGUAGGUUCCGGAAGCCCAGCACAGCUGGAGCAGCAGAGGCCGCAGCUGGAGGCAGGAAGAGGCGAGCGUCUGCCCUGAGGAAGGGCAGGGUGUUCGCUCCCGGCUCACAGCUGGGUUAGCCCAUGCUACGGUCGACAUUGAGCUUUAACAUCUGGGACCCGGCUGGGGCAGCAGAGACCUGCGCGCAGUGGGCGCGGCCGAUGCGCCAGGCUGGAGGGUGAGCGUCGCGCCGGGGCUGGGACAGAGUUGGCACCUCCGGAUAAGGCCCAGAGCGGCCAGGGGGCCUCCGCGAUGCCAAGCGAAAAUAUCUUCCUGUUUGUGCCUAACCUUAUUGGUUAUGCCCGGAUUGUCUUCGCCAUCAUUUCUUUCUACUUCAUGCCCUGCUGCCCCUUCACGGCCUCCUCCUUCUACCUGCUCAGCGGACUUCUGGACGCUUUUGAUGGACACGCUGCUCGAGUCCUUAAUCAAGGUGACAGAUACCUCCUCCCAGCCAGCCUCGAGGCCCAACAACCCUCUGCCCCCUUUUCCUGCUUCCUCAGGGACCCGGUUUGGGGCCAUGCUGGACAUGUUGACAGACCGCUGCUCCACCAUGUGUCUGCUGGUCAACCUGGCCCUGCUGUACCCUCGAGCCACCCUUCUCUUCCAGCUCAGCAUGAGCUUGGAUGUGGCCAGCCACUGGCUGCACCUUCACAGUUCUGUGGUCCGAGGCAGUGAAAGUCACAAGAUGAUUGACCUGUCGGGAAAUCCAGUGCUUCGCAUCUACUACACCUCCAGGCCUGCUCUGUUUACCCUGUGUGCGGGAAAUGAGCUCUUCUACUGCCUCCUCUACCUGUUCAAUUUCUCCGAGGGCCCUUUAGUGGGCUCUGUGGGCCUUUUCCGGAUGGGCCUCUGGGUCACCGCCCCUGUGGCUUUGCUCAAGUCCCUCAUCAGUGUCAUCCACCUGAUCACGGCCGCCCGCAACAUGGCAGCCCUGGACGCAGCAGAUCGUGCCAAGAAGAAGUGACUUUGGAACCUCCAGCCCCCGGCUGCCCACCUGCCCUGGAAGUCUCACGGUGCCACGCGGCUUCCCUGUCCCUCCCAGGAGGUCCCAGGCUUCCUAAUGUAUCGUCCAACCUGCUGGGGGGGGGCGGCGGCGGGGGGCGGUCUCGUUGGUGAUGGCAUGUUCGCCGAAUCCUAAGGACCCGUCCCACCCCUGUGAUCUCCAAGGUCCUGGACCUCAAAUCAGGAAGGAUGCUCGGGGGCCCCAAGAGAGUGGUCUGAGGACUGGGCGUUGUCACAGCUGCUGGCUCAGCUCUGGGGUCUGGCGUGAGUGGGACACUUGAGUGAGGGGGUGGAGGAGGUGUCCCAUAAGGCAGGGAUCCAGACCUCUGCCCCUGGCCAAAGGGAGCCCUUGGGGACCGUGGCCGAGAGAGGAGGUGUCGCCAAGAUCCCCACUGCAGUGUCCUCUGUCCUGUGCGGCCUGGCUCUGAGAGCCUUGAUCCUAGAGGCAGGACUGCCCCUCUCCUGGACUUGGUUUCCUUGCAGACACCCCUGGACCAGGGCCUUGGAUGAGGGGAGCCUGGGGGAAAAAUGAGGAUGCUUCUGGAUAUGUUUUCCAGUAGUUUACUGCCUGUGGCUCCUCGUAUUCCUCAGUGACCUCAGGGAGAGGCUGUCCUGCCACCCAAGCUCCUUCCAGACCCUGUCCGCACUUGCUUUCUUUUCUUUGCAAACACUGUCCCUGGCUGUCACCAUUCACUUGUGUACCUGGUAUUUUCUACCCUCACUAAAGUGUAAACUCCAUCAAA